GCCAACGCCUACACCGUCCUACUUAGUACAACUAGUAUUAGCAGGACCCCUUCACUUGGGUCGCCAGCAGUGCUACUAACGAGCCUGAAUAUGCCCAAUGCCAGUGGCCGUGGGUAAAUUGAUGCCCGAACCCUCACUUAGGGCCUUCGCCAGUACUAGCAGGUGCCCCAGUAGCCUCUCUGCCUGGCCCAUGUCGGCUGCCUUACCAGGGGGCGCUGCACGCUUGACUGCAGUGCUGCAGAGCUGGUCGCGAGCUGGAGAUGCGCGCAUGCUGCACCGCACCUUCAUUCUCCUCAGUUGUCUUCGCAUGCUGCAUCCUAUGUCCUGGUGCUCAGGUGUCGAGACAACAUGAGCGAGUCAAAGGAUUCCAGCAUUUGGCCUCGAUGGCCCAGACUCAACGUAAAGUAGCCAUCCGCACUUGGACGCCACCAAGAGCACCAACUCUCCGUGGAUGCCGGUCUGUGGACGCGCCCUUGUCGAGGCUAAAUGAGGCCCGCCCUUGGCCUCCUCCAACUCGGAUGCGGCUUUUCCCUCUAGAGGCUCAAAUUACUUUCGCUGCCUCACCUCAUCCACUUGGCCCUGCAAUCCCUGGCCACAAGCCUUCCUCGCCCGCUCGUAGCUACACCCCUGACCACAUGAAUCUCCUCCAGGUCCGAGAUACCAUGGAGCCCAAUCAUUCCUUUGCUCGUACCUGCGCCGGCGCCGGUCGAUCUCCUCCAGGGCCCCGCCUCAGACGCGACCGAGACAGACCACAAAGAAAAAGAGCCAGAGCAUCGCUCGAUCAGGAGAGCGCCUGGGUAGGUCUUCCCAAGGUAAGGGUGCCGUUGUCGCUUUGAUGUCAACGGGCUCUCGCUUCUGCCAGACCAUUCUAUCUUUGAAGAAGAUGUACAGGGACUAGACAGGGACAUCGGUCCAAAAUUGACAAGCUUCUCCUGUCCAUCUGUCAUUCUUUCGUCAACGCCUGCACUGACCGUGUCGACGUGUGACAUGACUUCUACCUUGUUGUUUUCCGUUGCGCCAAUCUGCACCUUGCAUUGAACACUUAUUAUGUAGGCCAGCCUCUACGCCAACAGAGCCAGUAAACCCCCUCCAGACAGAGGGAACGAGGUGAUUGAUCUGCGGUUGACGUCGUACCAGAGCAGUCUUCUCCAGAACAUGUUGGCUGGUCCGUUCUUGAAGAGACGUUGAACGCAGUGAAGCUUUUGCUACCAUCUGAUAUAUUCCCCGGUCCGCCUUCACUGUUUGACCGGUGGAGCAUGCCCUAUGCAGGCUGGUGACUGGUUUGAGCCCUCUGUGGCAGAACGGCGGUCAUCGAGAAUGGAUGCUGGAGCCAGCUAUUCACUGCCAUCGCCAAUAGACACCCCUCAUCGUUCAUCUUCGAGUUCACAAUCCAUCCAGUCUCGCACGUGGAAAGAUAUGUCACCAUCUUCUACGCCUCCCCCCGUGUCCGAUGAGCGAUCCCACAAAAGACGGAGUCGGGACUCGAUUGACCCGGCCCUCGACGAGAAGAUAUCUCCUCUUGACCCUAGAAGAUUUACCCCUACUCUUCAUGCGUCGCUAGUCUCGGAGAUUUUGUCGCUGCGACGGGAUCUCGAGGUUCGCACGAAUGACAUCGAAAAGUUGGAGAUCAGUCUUCACGCGGCCCAGACUCAAAAUGAGGUACUCAGCGACAGUCUGCUCCAAUCCAACAAGGAGACCAGGUCGGUUAAGCGGCAGAUGCAACUUCUUGAGGGUGGGACGAUGUCAGCAAUCAAUGAUUUGACAAAAGAACGAGACGACGCGUUGAAUGAUGCCUCUGAACUGCGCAGGCGCCUGGAGCAAAUACAGAACCGAGCCAGGAAUCAAGAAGAAGCCGCAGACAAAACUCGUGAAAUGUGGGAAAAGGACAAAGAGUCAUGGCUGAUGGAGAAACGACGCCUCGAGACCAAAGUUCACAUUGCUGAAGGUCGCCUCAAGGUUGUACUCAGCGAAGUUGCCAAUGCUCAGCAGCCAGCGCCCCCGGCCUCGCCAACAGAGCGUGCUCAAAGUCGCAACAGCAUUGCAGAGAGUCCCAGCAAGAGCUCCAUACUAAAUCGAAGGGGCCGGAGACAUAGCGCCGCCUCAGUGAACAGCGACGGUCAUGGAGGUCGAGUCUCGGUACUCAGCUUCCACAACGGAAUGACCGUGAACCUGGCGGAUGAACUCGCAUUUGAUGAGCUCGAAGAGGACCUAGCUCACCCAGAUGAUGUCGAAGAUGGCCGCAUCUCUCCGGAUGCGCUCCCCGAAGAGCAAGUCCGACCUGCCUCGAGUCUGUCGUUGAAGGCUCGAAGAGUACUGGGGCUGUCCCUGGAUCUGAGUGAGAUGGAACGCAACGACAGAGGCAGCGUGAAAUACGUCGAUACAGCCAUCCAAUUCUCCCCUCCCCCGUCUCCGUGGCCGACGCUUGACACAGGCUCGAGGCUGGACUCUUGCUCCGGAAAUGACGGCCGAGUCACCAGCAACUCAGAUUACUUCAGUCCCAUGGAGAACACAGACAUUGUGAAGGAGAGGCCGCCACCUGUCAUGGUUUCAUCGGCUUGCCAGACGAUUGAAGCCCUUCCCAGUCCUCCUCUAACACCGGCGAAAAUCGGUACCACUCUGGCCACGAUACCUGAGAAUGUCCCGGACAGACCUGAGACGGCAACGAUCGGUACCCAGACCGAGUCAAUGGUACUACAGAAUGACAGACAUGGUCACAAGCAUUCUGAGAGCGAAGAAACCGUGGAUUUUCAUGUUCCAUUGAUCACGAUCAUUCCCCCAAGAUCGAGACCUGCCACUCCUGAAACCACGACUGUUGUCCUCCCCCCUAGAACCAAGAACGCGACUACUCAGGUAACAGCCCAAUCUCUCGGUGGGUAUCAGUCGACAUCCGUGCAAACAGAAGAGAUUCGCGUCGAUCAGAGAGCCGGUGUCCCACCCUCCGAAAUGCCUGCGCCAGCGCCACCAUUGGCAAUCGAGUCUCGGUCACGACUCUCGUCGCAGGCCGUGCCUGCACCAAUCCUGCGAACGAGGGGUCCUCCUCCGGCUCCCCCCUUUUCUUUUAGGCAUGCAUUGGCUGGGCCUUCGAGAGCGUCUGCACCCCCUAUGAACGAUAACGGGCCCCUAGCAAGAGGAUUAGGGUCAAAUGCUCCUCGGCCUGUCCGAUCGAGCAGCAUGUUUGCAGGGUUUGAAGACGAUAACAACUGUUAUCGGGAUAGUCGGUUUGAGGAAGACGUCAUGCAAGAGGACGACAUAUUCAGCCGCCCGACUGCUCGAUUUGUUCUCAAAUCUGGCAGAAUGGUCGCCCAAGAUUCCCAACUUGAAAACAUAGGGGAGAGCCUGGCAGCGAGCGCAGGCGAAGCAGCAGCCCUGGAAACCCUUCGGUUGUCCGAAGAUGGCCUACCGCCUGGCGUUAAGGCCAUUCUAUCCCAGUCACGAACAAGCCCUCGUCGGGGAACGCAACGGCAGAACAUGAGCAUGAAAUUGAAGAGGGUGCCCUCGGCGAGAUCGAAUAAUAUGAGACGGGCAGCCAUGGUUUCCAGUGGAGCUGCCGCUCAUCGGUCAUCGCAUUCCCAAUCUACCACCGGCUCUUUUGACAGCAGCAACCCUCCUCCUUUCCCGGUGCCUUUGCGGUACAGUUCGGCAAAAUUGGCGAAAUCCGCCAGUGAAGGUGGGAGAAGUUCACCUGGUAGUAGCAAUGCCUCCCCCACGAAGAGACCUAGACAGCGACAUGCCAAACCCAUAUUGAGGAAAGCCAGAUCGGGACCAGCGAUCUCCCCUCACUCUCCAGCCCGUCGACCGCGGAGUCGGUCGCCACCCCUUGACCCACGAGUCUCAAUUGUUCCAGAGAUGCCCAGCUUUCAGAUGCCGACGACCACGGCGCCCCGGGAUUUGGCUGCACUGUCCUCAGAUCUUUAUGAAGCAAGUGCACCUCGCCCAUCCAUCGCUACUGGACCGGGUCGGAAGGGAAUCCACACCAAGACGAACUCUGACGCGGUUUCGAUGCACCAGACUUCGGUGGUAGAUUCCAUUGCACAGACAAUGGUGGGAGAGUGGAUGUUCAAAUAUGUCAGAAGGCGCAAGUCAUUUGGAGUGACUGAGAAGAAUGACUUCGACGCAACUAAGACGGUGGAAGAAAUAUCUCAAAAUGUGACGAACAAUGGAGUCCGUCACAAGAGAUGGGUUUGGCUCGCGCCUUAUGAACGCGCUGUUAUGUGGAGCAGCAAACAGCCGACUUCUGGUACAGCAUUGAUGGGGAAGAGUGGUCGGAAAUUGACCAUCAAAUCAGUCCUUGACGUCAAGGAUGACAAUCCUCUCCCCAAGGGUGCCAUCCCAGGUCGGAAUUUCAAUCGAUCCAUUCUCAUUUUGACGCCUGAACGAGCAUUAAAAUUUACAGCAACCUCUCAGGAGCGGCAUUACGUUUGGUUGACAGCCUUAUCAUUCUUGUCCCAUUCCCCUCUGAGCGUGAAUGAGCUCACGGCUGUACCACCACCACCACCACCUCUUCCCGAACACGAACCAUUGGAGCAGCCUCCACCGUCUCUUGCUGGUUCGCUCCGACGCCGGCCGAUACGGGACUCGAUUCGGAUUGCGAAGAAUGCCGUCAGAAAUGGCACUGGCCCGAGAUCAUUCACCACCGAUGGUUCAUUACCAGUGAGAGAUUCUCGACCACCCACUCGAGACUUCUACGAUCCAACACAGGACCCUGCUUUACCUCCUAACAUUCCCCGACAUUCACGAAAGCGAAGUAACACAGCCCCACGAGCACCGCCAACUUCCUUUAGAAGCUUUUCCACCAAAGACGGCAUUGCCAGCACCGCAGGUCCCGGGUCGAGUUACUCACAAAGUGUACAUUCCACCGCAGUGUAUUCGUCUGACCGGGGAUUGUAUACCCCUAGUGCGGGUAUGCAAAGCAUUGUGAGCAGUCGGAGGGGUAGCGAGGCAAGUGCUUCAGGACGUCCUCCUAUACCCUCCUUGCUGAUGGACAACGCCCAAAACGCGACCAUGAGGAUGGAUGCUUUCAUCGAGAACAAGCCUUCAACCUCAUCGGGUAGGCCUUCCUUUAAUGUCAUGCGGACAGGUCAUUCAAAGAAGAAGGAUAUGGGAUACUGGGGGUUCGAACAGGGCAGAGAUAGCAUCAGUCCUGUGGACUCGCUGCUUCUCGGCGAGAUGAUGGCAGCGGGUUCCUCCACUCGCGGCAGUACCGAGUCAAGGGACCCUUGGCGAGGAUUUUAAAACGUUCUACUACUAUGUGCCGAAGCGCAUAUGUUCAGAACAAUGUGCACGCCAAACGGCGAAAAAUUUUGUACCAACAAUGGGAUGGAUGACAGUACGAGAAUGGACCUGAUUUGAAAUCUGUACUUCAUAGCCGGCUUCUUGAGGGGAUCAGGGCUGUGACGGGCACGUCAAAAAGGCCGGAAUGAGAGGCGCAACUUGAAGGUUUUGUGGACCACCAGACCAGGGUAUAUUGGAGUUGAAAAAGCGUUGCAAUUGUAUCUGUUCCUCAUAUCCCAUGAUUUGAAACUGUUAAAUGGACCGGAUGAAGCGCUCAAGCCGGAUACUGGGAGUGUGAGGUCUGUACUUGCGUUGCCCUGGGAUUGAGAGUGCUAUAAACUCAGUACUUUAUCUCAUGUAAACAUCACAAGAGAGAAUCCCGGGACAAGGCUGCGGAAUUGUAAGGAUUGGAACUUGAACUCGGAUGAGGUUCUGAUAAUUGACAGCCUUGCUUAAUAAUAAGCGACGUCUUCCCCCGCAGCCUGAUAUCCUCCGAACCGAGUUCAGUUCGUCAUUUGCAGUGGAUGCCGUGCUGUGCUUGAGCGUCACUACUACCAAACUGCGGUUCCCUCCACAGACAGUACAACUUACAAAGUACAACAUACAUCUUCCACGACCUGAAACACAUUUGUACUCACCAACCUCUUUCUCGAUCAGCGUGCAGCGAGAUCAUCGUUUUCUGCGUUUUGGCCCCCGUCGCGGAACACAUUCAUUCAAUCCAGAUUCGACUGGACUUCAGUCGCCCAACAUGUUGAUCAAAGUGCGGACGUUGACCGGAAAAGAGAUUGAGCUCGACAUCGAACCGGAUUACAAGGUCUCGAGAAUCAAGGAGCGAGUCGAGGAGAAAGAAGGCAUCCCUCCUGUUCAGCAGCGGUUGAUUUAUGGUGGAAAACAGAUGGCGGACGAUAAAACAGCUGCAGAUUAUGGUCUCGAAGGAGGGAAUACGUUACAUUUGGUGCUGGCGUUGAGAGGAGGAGACAGCUUAUGAACCACUUGUGUGUGCGUGCGUGCUGCUCGUGCGGUAUGGCAUGGCCGUGUGGGAUGCUGAGGGGACCGGACCGCCGACAACUUGAAGUUCGUGCCCACCCACCGCUUGUCAGCCUCGGAAAGAUCAGCCUGAGAUACUCAUGUACUGUACUGUACCCUGGCUGCAGUUCUGUCAUUGUCUCGUCCACCACUGCAUCGAUCGACGCGACCCCGAAACUACAUAGAUGGUCCACUGGCAGCAGCACAUGCACGAAACGAGAUUAGAAUUUUCGACACAGUCACAUCACGAACAUGAACAGCAAGUCAGGGGAACUCGGUUGCUUGGAAGUGUGCAGCAACUUUCAAAAGGCAUAGGCAUAUCAGACAGCACGGUUUUGGGUUGCAAUCCAGUCAAAAUAACAAUACCAUUCAGUGGACUCCGAGUCGUCUCCGUGACAUGGAGAUGGCUGAGGGCUCAGAUAGACCAGAACCUUUUACACAUUCAAGGGCGAUUAGGGACAGGCAAUGCAGUGGUUUAGUUUUGAUCAACAGAGAAGCACAUUUUCAUGAUUGUGCAGCACACCACAUCCUGUGCGGUGAUUCUGUGACAUAUCAUUCCCGCCGUGGCCUGAAGACUUGUUAUCUAUUCUCCAGAUAUCAUCACUGCACCAGUAUCAUCUCGCUCUCUGUAUCUUGGAUGACACUGUCCGUAUCAUUAUCAUAAUUAUCAUUUCCACUCA